CUGGGGGUCUUAGCUACUGUUAGCUAGCUAAUGUUGUCCUCCAUGGGCUAGCUCUAACCUAUGACUUUUAUUGUUAUUCCUCUUUUUUAAUUAUCUAUAGCUAGCUACCUUAGUUUCCAAACUUCUUUUCUUUUAUGAGCACGAAUUAUGAUGUAACAAGCUAGCUAGCUGCUACCUACCUACAAAAUCUUUAAAGACUUGAACUUUUGCAGAUGUAUUUUAUAUUUCUUUUCGCAUUUCCUGUAAACUUUACAAAGGGACCACGUGCAAUAUGACAAGUGGAAUAUUUUUUUUUCCAGAAUUUAAAGCGUGUGUGUUAAGUUAUUUUUUAUUGUUUUGUUUUUGACAUCCUGUUUAACUUUCGUCAGCCUACAUGUAAAAUGCCAGGUUAUUUUUACAGGGGGUGUAGCUAGACAUUGGAUUGGAAAUUUACAUGGGUUUUUGACUUUAUUUUAAUUUAUGAGAGUAUGGUCGUUCGGUUCGGGAAGGUUGUUCGUGUUUUUGUUUGUGUUGCAAACUGCUGUUUUUUAAAAUUUUCUGUAAACUUUUGUGGGGAAAAGACCACAUGCAAUAUACUGAAAGCACAAAUUUUGUAGAAUUGGCCUCCACUAAAGGCUGUUGUGUAAGCUAAUGGCUUUUUCAUAGUUCGUAUUAUAAACUUUUGUUGUGGAGAACUAAACUGUAUGUGAUGUCAUUUUUGCUGGAAGAAAAUUCCAUGGUUUCACGUUUUUGUUAAGAAUUUUAUAAUUGUGGUAAUAUAUAACUGUGUUUGGUGAUGAUGAAAAAACUUUUUUGUUUUUUAUAUUUUAUGAAAUGCCUGAUUUUUCUAUAAUUUGAUGCAUUUCAUAAAAUAUAAAAAACAAAAAAGUUUUUUCAUCAUCACCAAACACAGUUAUAUAUUACCACAAUUAUAAAAAUCUUAACAAAAACGUGAAACCAUGGACUUUUCUUCCAGCAAAAAUGACAUCACAUGCAGUUUAAUUCUCCUCAACAAAAGUUUAUAACACGAACUAUGAAGAAGCCAUUAGCUUACACAACAGCCUUCAGUGGAGGCCAAUUCUACAAAAUUUGUGCUUUCAGUAUAUUUGCAUGUGGUCUUUUUCCCACAAAAAAAAGAAAAUUUAAAAAAACAGCAGUUUGCAACACAAACAAAAACACGAACAACCUUCCCGAACCGAACGACCAUCCUCUCAUAAAUUAAAAUAAAGUCAAAAACCCAUGUAAAUUUCCAAUCAAAUGUUUACAUCCCCCUGUAAAAAUAACCUGGCAUGUAGGCUGACGAAAGUUAAACAGGAUGUCAGAAAAAAAACAAUAAAAAAAAAUAAACACGCACGCUUUAAAUUCUGGAAAAAAAAAUUCCACUUGUCAUAUUGCACGUGGUCCCUUUGUAAAGUUUACAGGAAAUGCGAAAAGAAAUAUAAAAUACAUCUGCAAAAGUUCAAGUCUUUAAAGAUCUCGUAUUGUGCUCAUAAAAGAAAAGAAGUUAAGGAAACUAAGGUAGCUAUAGAUAAUUAAAAAAAAGGAAUAACAAUAUAAGUCAUAGGUUAGAGCUAGCCAUGGGAUGAGAGGAGCAGGCAUUGGAGGCCAACAUUAGCUAGCUAACAGUAGCUAAGACCCCCAGUUAAAUAUACUUAACCUGGGAACACUUAGCUAAAACUAAAGCUAGCUAUUUAUGCUUAGUAAAACACAUAUAAAGAGAAAUAAUAGUAAUGUAAAAAUAAUAACAUAACAGUGAGCAGUAAGUUCAACAAACCAAAGUUUUCCGUUUGUUAGUCAGCUAACAGCUUUAUGUAGCAUUUUGAAUUUUAGGACAAACACAUUAGUUACGCACCAGGGGAUACAUUAAUUAUGCAACAAAAACAUAAACAAAUAUGGUGGCUAGGUUUGUUUUUAAAAAAGCGCUAAAAUAUAAAACUUCAAGAAUUUGAGGCUUUUCUUGGAAAAUGCGAGUCUGCUUGCUUCAGUGACAUAAAAACUAAACGUCUAAAAACAUCAAAGUUCUUACUAUUAUUGAUUUUAAAUCCACUUUAAACUAUAGCCUUUAUUUUCGAAUUCUAACUUUACUACUUUACUUCUAGCUCUAGCUACCACUUCUUAAUUCACUUCUUGGACUUUUCUUUCUCUGAAUUACUUUUUGCACUUUUUUCAAGACGAAGGGACCGUUCUUUUUUUGUUUUCGGUGUCGAGGGACACCAUUUUUGUACAGAAAGCCGUUAAAUUUAUUUCAGCAAAUCAAGUUGAUCCAUUUUGAUCACGUGAUGUAAACAAAGUAAACCUGCUAGCAAAAUGGAUAUAACUUUUUCGGAGACUUGAAAGGAAAUUUCGGCUACAUCAAAGGAAAAUGAACACAUCCACUUUGCCUGUCACAGACAGACGGACACACUUAGCGUAUUAUUGAUGAUAUUCUCUGUCUCAAUUACGCAAAUUGGAUCUACCAAUGUUAUGAAGGGCAAUAGCUUCCCAAGAUGGCGGACGCUUUUCCGUAACGGAAUUUUAGUGCUGUUGGUGAAUUUAAAAUUAUGAUAACGCAACGAGUUGCUGAGAUAAUAUCAAGAUAGUUAUUUUCAAUAAUAGUACUAGCUGAAAGCAGAGAAGGGCGAAUAAUGAAUGGGGGGAAUGGCGAUUCCAUCGGAAAUUCAAGACCUGCAACUGCAGCAGAUAAUAAUAAUACGCUAAGUGUGUCCGUCUGUCUGUGACAGGCAAAGUUGAUAUCGUCAUUUUCCUUUGAUGUUGCCGAAAAAAAUCUUUGAUGUUGCCGAAAAAAAUAUGUCUUCUUUGUCGUGAAAAGCCGCGAGUUUUGUUUGUUUACAUUUUAAAUCAUGUGAUCAAAAUAAAUCAAUUUCAUUUGUUAAACAAAAUCACGUGAUCAAAAUAAAUAAAUUUCAUUUGCCGAAAAAUGCAAGUUUCCCUUGACGAUCAAACCAGCCAGUAAAUUUUUUUUUCAGAUUUAGAAAGGGAAAUGAAGUAGGUUGCUUUUACAACAUUCAGUUGCAAAUUUUGGUUUAAGCGUAAAAGAAGUAUUAAGCUAGCUUACGUACAGUGAAAAAGAAAUUAUUAUACAUAUUUAGUAAGUCACCUAAUUUCUUUACUACUUAUUACGACUAAGGAGUAUAUAUCACGGUCAUUUACGGCAGGAAAAAAAGUGUGCGCAUGCGCCAUUAUUUGUUAUCAAAUUUUUUGCCGCAAGCGAUUCAUAAUGGCCACCAUCGCACGUGCUUUAAAUUUCCCUUAAAAACAAACGUUUUUCGAGCCUCUGCGGUAGAGAUAAUCUCUUAAAAAGAUUUUAUUUUAGUAGAGCAGGCCUUGGACUAUACAAAAACUCUGGAUUCCACUACCCGAUCACUUUCACUUUUGUUUGGAGGAGACAGAAAGAAUAGCAAUGUUUUGAUCAUAAAAUUUUAUAUGUUGGUGGAAAAUGAAGAUAUUUGCCUUCCAACGCAAAGUCAUGCUUUAAGACAUGUUUUUCCUGAAAGCUGAUAGCCUAUUUUAUCAAAUAAAACCAGUGGUUUGUGGCUGCCACUUUUUUUCUGAAAGAAACUGGUCCUUGGAAAUGACCUUUCACAAGACUUCAUAAAUCGGGCACCAGUGCCAAAUUGUUCUAUGAUACAAAACAUGUUGGCACGAUUUCAUUGAAGUAAUUUUGACCCAACAAUUCACAAUUUCAAGCGUCAUUCAAACGUGAUUUGCAUGUGAAGAUUUGUUGACAGAGGCGGUUAAAAAAAAAGAUGGAACAAUGAUGAAACAGAGGAGCUUGCCGAUUUGCUCGAUUACCACUUUUUGUUGGAUGUGUUUGAAAUAAGAAUGUAUUCGUUAAAUACAGAUUAUGAAUUGAAAUAAAAAAUACUUGUAAUAGCCUAAUUUGUAAACUAUAUUUAUAUAAUUCAGAUUGACUUUCGUGGUGAAAAAUCUCACGAUUAAGGAAUGGUCUAGGCUGAAAUGUCUAAAAAUGUGUAAAUUGUUAGCUUUCGUUUAACACAUAUAUAACUGUACAAUUUUUUUUCAUUUGCAAUCAGUUGCUAGUCUAACAACAACAACAAUAAUGAUAAAUAUUUAAAGUGUUUCUAGCCCAGAAAAUCACAAAAACCUAUUGUUAGUGGAUUAUUUCCAUUGGGGUCCACUGAGUCUGAGUGAAGCUAGCUUUCUCACAUUUACCAACCUUAGAGCUAGCUAAGGUUACAGAUCAGAUGAAUUAUUUUUUUCCUUUUAAAAUUUAAUUUUAGAAGUAUAAUAUCGUUUGUUCUUUGUUUAUUAGCGUCUAUUUUACAUUUCUAAUAGUUGUCAACCAUUUUUUUUGUGAAAACGAAAGUGAAAUGUAUGGUGUAGAAAAGCUCAAAAUUUUAGUAGUAAAAAAAGUGGCAGCUACUACCUAAUACGAUGGAACGCUCGAUAAGGGAUACAUGCAAACAGGAAAAGUAAUUUUUAGGCAAAACCUUGCGUCAGAAUGUUGUACAAGAGUGCUCCUGUACUGGUAAAUUGUGAACUAGCCAUCUGGGCUUUUGUUGGACCUUGCCGUCUGUUUAGGCUGCCCCGGUGGCAACCAAAGGCGAAAUAGUAAUCUAUGGUCAUCCUUCUUUAGUUUUAAAAGGAAAAAAUGUUAAAUUUUCUUUUAUUGGGCAACUAAAACAAGAUAAUAGAGAGUGAGGUCAAUAUCGAUGACGUCAUAAUCUUAUGCCGUAGGCGCUUUUUUUAAAAAAAAUUUUGGCGCAUGCGCACACUUUAUUUCCUUAAAAUCGCGGUUUUGAACGACCGUGAUAUAUCUAGCUAGAGAUUUUUUUUUGUCAAGAAUAAAACACGACGAUUUACAACAGAGUUUAUUUUUGGUUCACAAUAAGACGACGACCGAGCUACAACAAAGUAAGAAAAGAGUACAAAAAAGUAAGAAAUUUCAAAUUUAUUUGUUAAGCUUUUAAAGGGUAGCUAUUUUUAUUUUCAUUCAUCCAGCUACAUCUUACUGUCCUAUAUAUCACACUUUAAGUUGUCAAGCAGACUCGCAUUUUCCAUAAAAAAGACACUUGAAAACCUCAAGUUUUUUAUUUUACUGCGUUUUUUAUAACAAUAAACUACCAUGUUUGUUUACUUUUUUUUGCAUAAUUAAUGUAUGCCUUGGUGCGUAACUAAUGUGUUUGUCCUAAAAUUCAAAAUCCUACACAAAGCUGUUAGCUGGCUACCAAACAAAUCUGCUGGCCAAACGGAAAGCUUGGUUUGUUGAACUCACUUAUAUUGCUAUUUUUUCUCCUUAUAUAUAUAUAUAUAUUAUGUGUGUGUUUUACUACAAAUAGCUAUAUACCUACCUAAGCCUCCCCAGUUUAACUAUAUUUAACUGGGUGUCUUAGCUUAUCUCUAUCCACAUCUUUAAGACUCUAUCCCCCUAGCAGGGCCUUCCUAGCUAUAACACUUCUAACUAACCUAUGAGUUAUGUUGUAAUUCCUCUUUUUUAGCUAUCAAUAACUACCUUAGUAAUCAAACUUCUCUUCUUUUUUGAAUACAAAUUAUAAUGACAAAAUAAUUUACAGUAUAAUUUUCUGUAAACUUUAGCUACAAGAAAAGGGCCACAUGCAAUUCAAUGUUUUUGUUUUUAUUGAUAAUUUCUAAAUAUUUUAAUUUAAAUGUAAAAGGGGACAUUUUGCAAGGAGUAAAAGAAGUUUCUAAAAUGUGCAGUUAGCUAUCUAGCUACCUAAGUUUAGUUUAGUAAGGAAAGUUAAAGUGACUUUAUGUAGCUAUCUCAAUUCUUAUUUAUAUAUAUAUAUAUAUAUUUUUUUUUUUAGAGUUUGGUUCCUAUUACCUAGCUAAUUAAAGUUGUGUAUUCUUCUGUCAUGUCUAACCCAGAGAGUAAUAACAGUAACAACUGUGUACGUGGUUUUAGGCUUUUCAAUAAUGCAGGUAGGUUUGUGUUUCAGCGCCCAGAAAAUAAUCAAAGGUUAAUAGGUCUCAUUAUGGGUCAGAUACCAGAUCUUCCUCAACAUAUUGAACUGCCACAGGUAAAUGUCAUACCACGUACAUCAAUUAUUGAUGAUGUGUCUUUAGCUAGGCGUAGACAUGCACAAUAUGUUGCGUCUUUACGCCAUUCCGAAACAGUUAAUCAAGUUAACAAUAGGAAUCAGAGUGAUUCAGUUAGGCAAGCAGCAAGUCGUAGUGCUGAAUGUAAUGAGCAGACUGCCAAUAGACGUGCACGUGAUGCUGAAAGACAUACUAUCGCACGUCAAGCACAUAAUGAUCAGGCUACCAAUAGACGUGCUCGGGAUGCUACAAGGCAAACUAUUGCUCGACAAAGGCAAAAUGUUUCGCAGGUUGCAAAUAGAAGACGAGCAAAUGCACAACGAAACGUUGCUGUUCGUGCUCGCAGAAAUGCCCCAUACUAUAAUGUUGCACGUCAACAUGUAUUGCCUAAUGUUUAUUAUUUAGGUGUUAUGGACAAAAAUUGUGAGUAUUGUCAAGCUAUAAAGUUUGAAAAUGAAGAGUGUUUCAAAUGCUGCCAUAAUGGUAAAGUUGCACUUGAUAAUUUGUCACCAUACCCUGAACAGCUAAGGCAAUUGUUAACAAAUAAUGAUACUGCUCAGGCACGGAACUUUCAAAUGAAUAUACGUAAGUAUAAUAGUGCAGUUUCGUUUGCUUCCUUUGGAGCAAAUCUUCGACCUCCCCCUGGCCGUGGGCCACCAUGCUUUCGUAUCUGUGGUCAAAUAUGGCAUCGUGUUGGGGAUCUUCACCCUCCUGAGGGACAAACUCCUGUUUUUAACCAACUUUAUAUUUAUGAAGCAGGUAGAGCACUCAAUGAGAGAAUGGCACGUCCUGAAAAUAAUGGCUGUAGAGAAGACGUGAUGCAAACUGUUCAGGAUAUAAUGAACAGAGUUAGUCCUUUUGCUGCUGCAUACAGGUACAUGGCUGAAGUUGAAGCUGAUGAAAUAGCUCAGGCAGCAGCUGAAAACCGUGUCCCAUCAGAAGUACGCAUGUACAUGAGAGUUGGCAGUGAUCGAAGGCGAUAUAACUUGCCACAUCAUGACGAAGUAGCUGCAGUUUUUGUUGGCCAAGAUGGAGCUCCUCCUGGAAACAGGGAUAUUGUUACCUACCCACGUGGAGGCAAUUUGCGAAAUAUUUCUACGUUAUCUGCAAAUUUAGAGCCGAUGGUUUAUCCUCUAUUUUUUCCAAGGGGUGAACCAGGUUGGUAUUAUGGGAUACCCCAUGUUGCCGAACGUGCAACCCGUACUCGAAAUACUACUACAAUGUUGCAGUAUUAUACUUACCGUGUAGCUGUUCGGGAAAAUUUUAGCCCGAUUCAUUAUGGUAAGAAAUUAUUUCAACAGUAUUGUGUGGAUUCUUAUGUUAAAGUUGAGGGUAACAACUUAAAUUACAUUCGUGCGAAUCAAACAAACCUGCGUGUUGACAGUUAUGAAGGUUUAGCUGACCACUUGAAUGCACGAGCUGAAGAGCGAGACCUUCAACCAGGACGUAUUGUUGUCCUUCCUUCAAGUUUUCAAGGAAGUCCACGUGCCAUGGCUCAAAACUAUCAAGAUGCUAUGGCUGUCAUUGGUAAAUUUGGAAAACCAGAUUUUUUUCUGACUUUUACAUGCAAUCCAAAAUGGCGUGAGAUUACAGAAAAUUUGUUUGCAGGCCAACGUGCACAUGAUAGGCCUGAUUUAGUUUCUCGAGUUUUUAAAUUGAAACUAAAUGAACUCCUAAAAGAUGUUACUGAAAGGGGUGUUUUAGGUAAAACUGUAUCACAUGUUUAUGUUAUAGAAUUUCAAAAGAGGGGUUUACCUCAUUGUCAUUUGUUACUUCAUUUAGAUCCCAAUGAUAAACUUCGGGAUGCAGAUGACAUAGACAGUGUUAUUUCAGCCGAAAUUCCUAAUCAACAAGAACAACCUGAGCUGUUUGAAAUUAUUCGGUCGUGUAUGAUUCAUGGACCAUGUGGCUAUCUGAAUCCUAAUUCUAGGUGUAUGGAGGAUGGUGUUUGCACAAAAAAAUUUCCGAAAAAAUUUUUAGGGUCUACCAUUGCAGACGUUGAUGGAUAUCCAUUGUAUAGACGUCGUAAUAAUGGAAUACAUAUCAAUGUCAAUAAUGUUGAUGUAGAUAAUCGAUGGGUUGUUCCCUACAAUCCAUGGCUCUCCAAGAAAUACAAUGCACAUAUAAACUUAGAGGCUUGCAUGUCUGUUAAAUCUGUUAAAUACCUUUAUAAAUAUAUUUAUAAGGGUCAUGAUUGUGCCAACAUUGAGAUCAAUGAACGUAUUGAUCACGAUGAGGUACAGACGUUUUUAGACGCUAGGUAUGUCAGUGCGCCAGAAGCAAUAUGGCGCCUUUUUGAAUUUAAAAUGCAUCAGCAAUCUCAUGUUGUCCAUAGACUGCCAGUGCACUUGCCUAAUAAUCAUAUUGUUUAUUUUCAGCCAGACCAGGUUGAAGAAGCUGUGAACAGAGCUGCAAAUCAAGCCACUAAAUUAACAGCUUGGUUUGUGCUAAAUGGAGAGAAUCACAAUGCUCGCCAAUAUUUGUAUCCAGACAUUCCUCUUCAUUUCGUUUUCAAUAACGACAGGAAAGUUUGGACACCAAGGCGAAACUUUAACCUUAAAAUUGUCUCUAGAAUGUAUAGUGUGAGUCCUCGCGCAGGUGAGCUUUUUUAUUUACGUAUGCUAUUAUUACAUACGUGUGGUGCAACAUCUUAUGAAGAUUUAAGAACUGUGGAUGGUAAUGUCGCUGAGACAUUUCGUGAAACCUGUUUAUUGCGUGGACUACUGCAAGAUGAUACCGAAUGGAACAAUACUUUGGAGGAGGCUGUCAACUUUCAGAUGCCUCGGCAAUUAAGACAAUUGUUUGCAAUAAUACUUAUCCACUGUGAACCUUCUGAUCCUUUUACUUUGUGGACAAGGUACAAGGGUUCUAUGUGUGAGGAUUAUCUUCGCCAAAUGAACGAGGAUCAAGCUGAGUACAGGGUGCUUCAAGAUAUUCAUUCUGUACUUAGACAAUCUGGUAAAUCUCUUACUGAUUUUAAUCUUCCAAGUUUAGAUGAAAUACCUCCAGCUGAAAACAUUGAUGUAGCUUUGGAGGCUGAAAGAGCUUCUCAACUAAGGGCUCAACUUACUGACGAACAGACAGCACUGGCUGAUGCAGUUAUAGAAGCGGUUGUAAAUGUUGCUAACAAUACAGCCCAAAAUAACCGUUUGUUUUAUUUAGAGGGUGCUGGUGGCAGUGGUAAAACCUUUACUUAUAAUUACCUUAUUUCCGAAAUUUCAGGUAGAGGUUUUCAAGUUGGAACUGCUGCAUUUACUGGUAUAGCAGCAACUCUUUUAAAAAACGGUACCACUAUACAUAAGUUAUUUCGGUUACCAGUUCCUAUUUUGGAAAACAGUACAUGCAGCAUAACUCCGGUGUCUGCUUAUGCUGCUGAGCUACGGCAAAAAAAUCUCUUUUUACUUGAUGAAUCUUCCAUGAUUCCCAAGCAUGCUUUCCAUGCAAUAGAUCGUCUUCUUCGAGACAUUUGCAAUAGCGAACUUCCAUUUGGAGGUAAAGUUGUUCUUUUAGGUGGUGAUUUUUCACAAUUAUUGCCUGUUGUCAGAAAAGGAAAACCAACUGAAAUUGUUGAUAUGUGCCUAAAAAGUUCUCCACUAUGGCACUUGGUUACAAAAUUUAAAUUAACUCACAACAUGAGAACGAGGCCAGGAGAACAAGAAUUUGCUGCAUGGCUUCUGCAACUUGGAAAAGGUGUUUUACCAGUUCGGGAACAACCACCGUUUCAAGGUGCAAUUGAAGUGCCAUCCAAUUGUGUGUUACAACAAAAUCAAUGUAUUGUUAAUACUUUGUUUAGGGAUUUUCACCCAGAAAAUAUGGCAUCAUCUGUAAUACUAACACCUACAAAUGAUGAUUCACUUAUCAUUAAUGAUCAGGUGUUGGAGUUGUUGCCGGGUGAAGAAAAAAUUUAUUUUAGUGCAGAUGAUGUUGUGUGUGAUGAUGAGGAGGAACGGAAUCAAUAUCCGGUGGAAUUUUUAAAUAGUAUCACACCUUCAGGUAUGCCUCCUCAUUGUCUUAAAUUAAAAUCGGGUGCCAUUGUUAUGUUAUUAAGAAACAUAAACAUAAAUAAAGGCUUAUGUAAUGGCACUCGCCUAAUUGUAAGAUAUCUUCACAACAACUGUGUCGAUGCUGAAGUACUCACUGGCAAUGCUAUUGGAGAUAGGGUACUUAUUCCAAGGGUGCAACUUGCACCUUCGGAUACAGGUAUGCCUUUUGUUUUGCGUCGCAGACAGCUUCCACUAAGGCUUUCUUAUGCUAUGACAAUAAACAAGGCACAAGGUCAAACCUUUGAAAAGGUUGGUAUAUUGUUGCGCAGGCCAUGUUUUUCUCAUGGUCAGUUGUAUGUUGCUUUUUCUAGAGCAAGGGCAUUUGAUGAUGUUAGAGUAAGUAUUGUUCCCUCAUCCAAGCAAGGGUUUUUUAAUGGGAAAUGUUACUCUCAAAAUAUUGUUUACCGUCAAGUUCUCACAUAAAUAAUAUUUAAAAUUACCAGAAUCACAAGUUCUCACAUAAUUCUGUUAAUUUUGAAUAUUGUUAAAAAGUUCAUUUAAAGACACUAAUGUCACAUACCUACAGUUGGUUAUCAUUUUUUUACUGAUAGCGUAUGUAUAACUGUUAAGGUGAUGUCUCAUUAAAUGAACUAGGAGUACUUAUGAUUCUGUUACUUUUAAAUAUUAUCAAAAAGUUCAUUUAAAGACACUAAUGUCACAUACCUACAGUUGGUUAUCAUUUUUUUACUGAUAGCGUAUGUAUAACUGUUAAGGUGAUGUCUCAUUAAAUGAACUAGAAGUACUUAUUUAAACGUAGAAUCUUUAGAGAAACAAAAUUCAGCAAUUUCCAGAUUUUAGGCUAAAUUGCGAAAGUUAUUUCAAUCUUUAUAUUUUUAAUUACUCAUUACCUGCAUUCUUUCAAUAACGUAAUAUUUAAUUUUUUGGCAUUGCUAAUGCAACUUUUCAUUUCGUGCAUGUUCAUAAUAGCCUUAACUUAAAUUCUAAAUGACAGACUCUGUAAAUACGCCAUCGUAAUGGUUUUAUGAUAACCUCCCAAAUGAAAAUCUCGCACAUAUAAAUAAGUAAAUAUUUAACCUUAAUUUUUUUUGACCAUUUUUUUAAAUACAUCUUAACGUUUUGUUUUUAGGUGAUGUACAAAAUUGCUCUAUUAAUUACAAUCCUUAAAGGCUGAAGACAACGUAAAGAUCAGGACAACUUAUUUUUUUUCUUUAAUUUAUAUCAUAUUUUUUUUCUUUAAUUUAUAUCAUAUUUUAUUAAAAGUAUCAACAUUAAGAACAUUUUAUCCUCCCUUUUCUUUUUAGGUGGGGUGCAAAGGCUUACCUUCACGUGGUGCACCCUGUUAAGUGAAUUGCAUGUAAAAAAAAUGUGUAUGUAAUUCAUGAACUAAAAGCCAAGAUAGGAAUAAGAAUUUGCAACAAUAAUAUAAAUAAUUAAGUAAUUAAUAUGCAAGAUUUU